GGCCGUGACGCGACACGGCGCGACUGUAUGUAAAAUAAUAAUUACUAAAAAUGUAAAUUUGUAAUUAUUGUUUAUUUAAUAAUAUGAUUUUAUAAGUAAAACAAUAUCAACAUGUUCAAACUACAAUAUAAUACCAGAGUGUGCUUUUUCCGCCACUUGAAAUUCAGUAUCGGUUACACGAUAGACACAAAACACCCGAGUAGUCGUGCCGCUUCUAAAUCUGUAGUAGUUGAUGGUAAAUCAUAUAUUGAAGACGAAUACACGAAUGUCACGCCAAAAAUAUUAUCGUUUAUCGGUACCAACAAUCACAACCGUUGUGGCCACCCUCUCAACUUGUUCAAACAGCGUCUUGUCGAUUUUUUCUACGAUCAUUUCAGAGGACGAACGGGUAAUCCAAUUUUUUCUAUUUACGACAAAAUAAAUCCAGUCGUGACGACAAAUGAAAAUUUUGACUCUCUACUUGUACCCAAAGAUCACCCAAGUAGAAACAAAACCGAUAGUUAUUAUUUGAACAAGACUCACAUGCUUCGUGCCCACUGUACUGCACACCAGUCCGAAUUAAUAAAAAUGGGUUUGGACAAUUUUGUAGUAUUCGGUGAUGUGUACAGGAGAGAUGAAAUCGACGCCACUCACUAUCCUGUAUUUCAUCAGGCUGACGGUGUGCAUAUAUUUACACCCAAUGAAUUAGAAUUAAUCAACGGAACUAAUGUUAAUGUAUUUGAUAACGACAAAAACAAUUCAAACGAUGAAAAGCAAGGGGUUUAUUCAAAAGAAGCCAAUGAAAUUGUUACUGAUCACUUGAAAAAAACAUUGGUUACGAUGAUUAAAAAAGUAUUUGGCGAAGAAAUUGAAUACCGAUGGAUAUCAGAGUAUUUUCCAUUUACACAUCCGUCAUUCGAAUUAGAAAUUAACUACAAUGGUCAAUGGAUUGAAGCUUUAGGAUGCGGUGUUAUUCGACAUGAAAUAUUAAAAAAUGCCGGUGCUGGCAAUCGAAUUGGUUGGGCAUUUGGUCUUGGAUUAGAACGACUAGCAAUGCCAUUUUAUUCUAUACCAGACAUACGUUUAUUCUGGUCUAAAGAUUCAGGAUUUCUCAACCAGUUUCAAAACCUACCCAAAGAUGGACGAAUGAAAUAUAAACCAAUCAGCAUAUACCCUCAAUGCAUUAAUGAUAUUAGUUUUUGGUUGCCCAAGGAAAAACAAUUUUGUUCCAAUGAUUUCUAUGAACUUGUUGGAAACUACGGUGGUCAGCUAGUUGAACAAGUAAAACUAAUAGACCAAUUUAAACAUCCAAAUACUGGAAAUGUAAGCCAUUGUUAUCGCAUAGUUUAUAGACAUUUAGAAAAAACAUUGAGUCAAGCAGAAGUAAAUGAAGUACAUAAACUGAUCGAAAUAAAGGCUACACAAAUUUUAGGCGUAAAACUAAGAUAGUACAAAUUUGAUAGCUAGAUGAUUUGAUCUGUCGUGACUGAUAUUUUAGUUUGCUUAUAACAUAAAAUGGAUGUGUGAACGAAACUUUAUUUUAAUUGUGAAGAUUGUAAAUUAAAAUAAAAUGAAAAGUAAAUCAGAAAUUUUAACAUCAUACUUAGAAAAUUAUAUUUACUAUUGGUUUGAUAAUAAAUAUUUAACUAUAUACAUAGUUACUUACAUUUGUAUAAGACUAAAUUAAAAAAAAUACAUUGAAAAAAUACUAUCAUAAAUAAUUGGUAACUAUUAAACAGUGUUUUCUUAAAUAGUGUAACUAAGACUAAAUAAGAAAUACCUACAUUUUUUUUUUAAUUUUAUGUACUGAAAUAAAUGUUAAUAUUUUAAUAAUCAAACAAAUAUAAAUUACAAUUAUUAUUGUAUGUUUGUUUAUUUGAAAUUCAGUACGAAAAAGUGAGUAAGUGGGUGUCACUCUGUUGUACAAAAGGUUACAAGUGGGUCACUGUAAUGGAUGGUGUUAAAUUUGAAUUCAAUUAUACAAUAUCAUAGUAUAAGAAAAACGAUUAUGAGCGAAAACGGUCAGUCAGCCAAUGAUAUUACUAAGUAUAUUUGAUGAUAUUAUUGUGAAUAAAAUAAUUUAUACUUUGACCUAUUUA